UUUGUGUUAUGAGAGUAACAUAAGCCUUCGAUUUUUAUACCAAAAAUAAAAAAAAAUAAAAAAAGAGUUCAAUUUGAUAAGAGUUAGAAAAAUGCAGUCCAUGAAGGAAACUGCGGCCAAUGUGGCAGCCUCUGCCAAAUCUGGCAUGGAAAAAACCAAGGCCACUCUUCAGGAGAAGGCCAAUCUUUUAGAUCUGGACUUUUAUGAUGAAGCCAAUGAAUCGAAGAUGGAGAAGAUGACGGCCCACGACCCAGUGGAGAAGGAGAUGGCAACGGAGAAGAAAAAGGCCCGGAUAAGCCAGGCCGAGCUUGACAAACAAGAAGCGCGUGAGCAUAACGCGGCGGCGAGAGAGGCCAGAAAAGCCGGCGUCGGCCACACCGGCUACACCGCCACAGGCACUGGAACUGGAACAGCCACGUACUCGACCACUGGCACGACCAGUCAGCCCACUGGGACCCACAAGAUGUCGGCCGGGCAGGUGGUCGAGGGCGCGGUCGGGGCCCACCCUAUUGGGAUCAAUACCAGCACUGGUAGGACCAGUGCAGCCCGCAACACCCGCGUUGAGGGAACCGGUGCCCAAGGUUAUGGAACCGGUGGCUACUAUAGUUGAAGUGGAUUGUUGUCGUUUUAGGUAAAGAGGGCCACUCUUUACUUGUACCCCUUGAGGUGUCCAGUUCCUCUUAUGUUUAAUGAGCCUUGUUUUUG